AUGGCUCUGUUUGCCCGCCGCGGCGUUGUACGCCAGGCUCGCAAAGCAAAGACAGAGAGCAGCGAUGAGGAGGAGGAGGAAGAGCAGCAGCAGCAGCAGACACCGAGAGCUGCUGUUCUGAAGGCGGCAGCAGCAGCUGCAGCAGGGCUUCCUUCGCCUCCCCAAGCAGCUGCUGCGGCAGCAGCAACAGCAGCAGCAGCAUAUAGCAUCCGGCAGAGCGCUGCAGUAACCGCAGCAAAGUCGCAUGCAGCAGCAGCAGCUGCUGCUGCUGCUCUUCCUGCUGAGCUACAGCUUCUAGACAGCACUUUUCAGAGUGCCCUAGAAGAGCUAGAAGCAGACGAGCCGCUGCAGCAGCAGCUGCUGCGGCAGCAGCAGCAACACCUCGAGCAGCAGCAGCAGCGGGGGCUGCUGGCGCAGCAGCAACCCAAAAAGAAGCUUCUUGCUGCUGGAGCUUGUGCAGUAGGAAGCAGCCGCGUAUUCGUGCAGCAGCAGCAGCAGCACCAGCAGCUUAUGCAGCAGCAGCAAGCAGCAGCAGCAGCAGCAAGAGCACAGCGACUCAGCUUUGGCUUCGGGGACGACGAAACACCCCCUGUGCAACGGGGCGCAGCAGCAGCAGUGAGGGAAUUCCUUGAGGAGCAGCUGCCUAGCAGCAGCAAGCCACGAAGUGCCAGCAGCAAGAGCAGCAGCAGCAGCAGCAGCAGCAAGGAUUCAGGUGGUCGGCGCAGCGGCAGCCGAGACCCGGAUGCUAGACAGAGGGGAAGCAGCAGCAGCAGCAGCAAAGACAGCAGCAGCAGCAGCAAACCUGUGGUCGUAGUCAACCCCACGGGCAGUGUGGGUAUUGUUCUGAAGGCGACGCAUGCCAGCAGCAGCAGCAGCAGCAAGAGCAGCAGCAAAAGCAGCAGCAGCAGCAGCAGCAGCAGCAGCAGCAAAGACAGCAGCAGCAGACGACAUGAGUUUAACCCGCGAAGCAGCAGCAGCAGCAGCAGCAGCAGCAGCAGCAGGCAGUCGACAUCAAGAGGUUUGGGUCCUUCAGAUGCUGCUGCUGGGCCUCGCACAACUUCACCAGCAGCAGCAGCAGCAUCACCAGCAGCAGCAGCAGCAGCAAGAAGCCGCGAGGCUGCUGCUGAGCCGCGCAUCUUUUCAUUGGCGGAGCUGGAAGACCGCAAGUCUGCUGCAGCAGCAGCAGCAGCAGCAGCAGCAGAUGACGGAACAGCAGAGCUGCCUUUUGCUGCACUCGCGCAGAUGGCGCGGCGCUCCAGGCAGCAGGCGAGAGCAGCAGACAGCAGCAGCAGCAGCAGCAGCAGCCACAAGGCAGGAACCCCGAGUGUCUCCUGUUUCGGCGAGUACACGGAGGAAGACGAAGCAGCAGCAACAGGCAGCAGCAGCAGCAACAACAGCAGCAGCAGCAAGAGCUGGCUGGCAAGAGAAGCAAUGCUGCAGCUGCGGGGGGUGCCGUUGCUGCAGCAGCUCUCAGAGGAGUCGGAGCAGGCAGCAGUUGAGGCCUGGGAGCGAGAGCAAAUCAUGAAAGGAGCUGGAAGGAAGCAGCUGCUGCUGCAGCAGCAGAAGCUUGAGAGGCGACAGCGGCAGCAACUUGAGGAGCAACAGCAGCAGCAGCAGCAGAUGAUUUUGAGCUCAUUCAGCGGCAUCGUUGGGCCUCAGGAUGCUGCUGCUGCUGCUGCUGCUGCUGAUGGUGAUGAUAGCAGCAGCAGCUCCAUUCGCCCUGCAGCAGAGCCUAGGAGAGCGGCGAGUGCAGCAGCAACAGCAACAGCAACAAAAUGCUUUGCUCAGCUGUGGGCUAGCAACAAUAGCAGCAGCAGCAGCAGCAGCAGCAGCAGCGCAGAGCAGCAAGCAGCAGCAGCAGUUGCUUGGAUAGAAGAACAGGCUGAGAUGCAGGCGGACCAGCAGCAGCAGCAGCAACAACAGAAGCAGCAGCAAAUAUACACCAAGAAAGCAGCAGCAACUCGAAUAGCGGCUCUUGAAGUCAAACAACUCAAAACGGAGCGGCGGCUGCAGCGAUUGCAGGAGUUCUUGAUGUACAUUGAAGACCUCAGCGGCUGCAUUCACGAGAAGAAACCCGCGGUGAAGAUGGCGGUGGAGGCGCUGCAGGCGCUUGAGACGGAUGAUGCAGACAGGAGGACUCAACGCCGUUUGGGGGACAUUGGCCGUUUGCUGCCUGAACGCAUUGAUGAAUUCGGCAGGAGUUUGAGUCUGCAAAAGAGAAGGAGGAGAUACGGCCCGAAGCUGCAGCAGCAGCAGCAGCAGCAGCCGCUGGGGCAGGUGCUGCGGCGGCUUCGGAAGUCUCCGCAUCCCUCUUCGCCUGAAGCUAUCGAAGCUUUUGGUGCAGCACGAACAGCAGCAGCAGCAGCAGCAGCAGCAGCGACAGCAGCAGCAGCAGCAGCAGCAGAUGUGGAAGUAGAUCCUGCUGCACUUGGCAGCAGCGAAUGCUGGGGCGAAGUGCUGGGCUCUGCUUUGUUCACUAGCGAUGAAGAGGGGCCCAGCAGCAGCAGCAGCAGCAGCAGCAGCAGCAGCAGCAGCAGCAGCUGUUCGAAGAGGCACAAGACAAAGAGACAGUUUUUGCAGGCUGCUGCGGAGAUCUUCGCUGAUGUGCGGCCCGAGUAUAAAGAGGUGGGGCAGAUAGUAGAGGAGUUUGCUGCAGCAUGCCGCAACUGUCCGGAAGACAUCGUUCAGGUGUAUGAACAGCUGCCGCUGCUGCAGCAGCUGAAGCAAAGUGUAGAAACUGUCUCUUCUUGGGGAUUGCUGUGGUGGUGUCCCCUUGAUGCUACAUUAACGCCUUCAACUCCUGCUGCUGCUGCUGCUGCUGCGGAGUGGUUCAAGCACCUACAGCAGCAGCAACAGCAGCAGCAGGAUGAGGAAGAAGAGAAACACAACAGCAGCAGCAGCAGCAAAAACAACAGAAACGGCACCAACAGCAACAGCAGCAGCAGCAGCAGCAACACGGAUGAGGACCCAGAGAAACCCUCUGAUUCUUCGCAAGGUGCUGCUGGCGACAGCUCUCCAGCAGCAGCAGCAGCAGCAGCUUCAGGAGAAGCAGCAGCGCCUCCAGCAGCAGCAGCAGCAGCAGCAGACACCGGAGUAGGGCCUUUGAGAGACAGAUCUGUUGUUAGCGGGCGAAUACUGCGGGGGGGCAGUGAAGUUGCUGACUUUGAAUUUAUUAGAGACAUAUUCAGCUUCUGUCAAUCUAUGGAGGCUCUCGCCAGCAGCAGCAGCAGCAGCAGCAGCAGCAGCAGCAGCAGCAGCAGCAACAUUGGGGAAGUUGCUGCUGCUUUCUCGGAUCUUCUGCUGGAGGUGGUGCAGGAAGUCGUCUUCCCAAGGGCGCUGCACUCGCUGCAGCAGAUGGAUUGCUGCAGCUUUGUUUCUGCUGCUGCUGCUGCUGCACUGCUGCAGGAGAUGCUGCUGUUCAGGGGCCCCGUUACAGAAGCAGCAAUAACGAAGCUGCUGCAGUUAUUUGUCGCUUCUUUCGUGAGCUCUGUUGAAAGUCUGCUGCCUGUACACUGCGUCAAGCGGGCACAGCAGCUGCUGCAGCAGCAGCAGCAGCAACAGCAGCCUGGGGGGACUGAUGCAGAGGAGCAGCAGCAGCAGCAGCAACAGCAACAGCAGGAGCAGCAAGCGGAUGCUGCAGCGCUUGAGGUGUAUGUACACCGUACACUUAAAGUAGUUGGGGUCGCCACCUUCUUCGAGGGAAUCCUCAGCGAGCAGCUGAUGCUGCAUAUUGUUAUGCAUCAUCUGUUUGAGCUGCGGCUGCAGCCGCUGCUGCAGCUGCUCCCCAGACGGAAGGGCUUGUUGGUGCUGCACGGCUUUGUGCGUCUGCUGCCGGUGAAGUGGCUGCUGCUGCUGCAGCAGCAGCAAGAGCAGCAGCAGCAGCAGCAGCAGCAUCAGAAGCAGCAGCACAGACUCUCUCUCCUCGUCAGCAGCUGCCUCGCCUUGGGUGCCGAUCUGAUAGACGAGACAGACAGGGCGGAGAUGCUGCUGCUGCUGCAGCGCAUCAGCCCUCAAGCGGACGCGCGAAAGAUUGAGGAGCUGCUGCGCAAGCGGCCGGCUAGCUAG